CAGAAGUGGCAAAGUCUCUUUUUUUAAGAAGAAGAAUGGGUCUGAUGUGGAACAUCACGUGAUCAAACUGGAGAACAGGUUGGGGGACGCCCUGUGUGUGCAGUAAUCACUACAAGAACUACAUGAUGGAGUUAACUGCUGUGGGGUCUCAUGGUGAGAGUCCUCUAGCCCCCUCCCUGUAGUCAUGAGUGGCUCCAAGCCGGACAUCCUGUGGUCUCCCCACCACCCGGACCGCUAUGUCAUCUGUGACUCGGAGCUGGGCCUGUACCGCAUCGGUCCGGCGGGGGCUGCCGAGCUCAAGGGCGGCACCGUGCCCCUCUCGGGAGAGACGGCCGCCACCUUGCUGGCCAUCAAUUCGGACACUCCCUACAUGAAGUGCGUGGCCUGGUACCCCAAGCAGGAGCCCGAGUGCCUUCUCGCCGUGGGCCAGGCCAAUGGCAGGGUGGUGCUCACCAGCCUGGGUCAGAGCCACAACUCGGCUUGCAAGGAGCUGGUGGGCAAAGAGUUUGUGCCCAAGCAUGCCCGCCAGUGCAACACGCUAGCCUGGAACCCGGUGGAUAGCAACUUGCUGGCGGCCGGCUUGGAUAAACACCGGGCCGACUUCUCGGUGCUCAUCUGGGACAUCAGCAGCAAGUUCUCCCCGGAGGCCAGCGUCUCCGCCGAGAAGAUCCGCCUGUCAUCCUCCGACUUGGACCCGAGCUCGGUAGUAACCAAGCCGCUGUAUGACCUGGGCCAGAACGACGCUUGUUUGUCCCUCUGCUGGCUCCUCCGGGACCCCAAGCUCCUCUUGGCCGGCAUGCACCGCAACCUGGCUGUCUUCGAUUUGAGGAACACCAGUCAGAAGACUUUUGUCAACACCAAAGCCAUCCAGGGGGUCACGGUGGAUCCCCAUUUUCCCGACCGCGUGGCCUCUUUCUUUGAGGGUCAGGUGGCCAUCUGGGACCUGAGGAAGUUCGAGAAGCCCGUGCUCACCCUCACCGAGCAGCCGAAGCCUCUCACCAAGGUGGCAUGGUGCCCGACCCGCACGGGCCUGCUGGCCACGUUGACCCGCGACAGCAACAUCAUCCGUCUGUACGACAUGCAGCACACGCCCACGCCCAUCGGGGACGAGACCGAGCCCACCAUCAUCGAGCGCAGCGUGCAACCCUGCGACGGCCUCAUCGGCACCUUCGCCUGGCACCCGUCCCGGCAGAACCGCAUGGUGGUGGUGUCGGCCGCCAACCGCGUCAUGACCGACUUCACCGUCUUUGAGCGCAUCUCGCUGGCGUGGAGCUCCACCACCUCGCUCAUGUGGGCUUGCGGACGCCACCUGUACGAGUGCGCCGAGGACGGGCCGGAGGGCGCCCAGGGCCUCCUGGAGCAGGACAUCGCCACCAAGAUGAGGCAGAGGGCUCAGUCCAGGUACGGACACGACACCGUCCAGGUGUGGAGGAACCACCUACUUGCUGGGGGCAACGAUUCCCAGCUCAAGUCCCUCUGGUUUGACCUCUUCUAUAUGAAGCAGUGUGCCGAGGACGCCGAGCUGAAGCUGCAGGCGAACAAACAGGCCGUCGUCUACUCGGGUAUCAAGAAUAUUGUCAAGACCAGCUCAGGCACCACAGAGAGCCGCAAGUGCUGGAGCGGUUCGGAGCGUCAGACAGAGGCCACGCGUUUCCACAGCGAGGAGCGCGGCCUGGCCCUGCGCCUUUGCGGCUGGAUGGGCCGAGCGUCCGACGCGGACGUGGAGCCCUUCCUGCGUUCGCUGGAGCAGGAACGCGAGUGGGAGCGAGCCGCUGCCGUGGCCCUUUUCAACCUGGACAUCCGCAGAGCUAUACAGAUCCUCAACAGGGGAGCCAUGGCUGAGAAGGGUGACCUGAACCUGAACGUGGUGGCCAUGGCGUUGUCGGGCUACACGGACGAGAAGGCCUCGCUUUGGCGGGAAAUGUGCAGCUCGCUCAGGUUGCAGCUCAACAACCCCUACCUCUGCGUCAUGUUCGCCUUCCUCACCAGCGAGCCGGGAGCCUACGACGGCGUGCUGUACGAAAGCAGCGUGGCGGUGCGUGACCGAGUCGCCUUUGCCUCCAUGUUCCUCAACGACACUCAGCUUCCCCGCUACGUGGACAAACUGACCAACGAGAUGAAGGAGGCGGGCAACCUGGAGGGCAUCUUGCUGACGGGCUUGACCAAGGAUGGCGUGGACCUGAUGGAGAGCUAUGUGGACCGGACCGGAGAUGUCCAGACGGCCAGCUUCUGCAUGCUCAAGGGUUCUCCCGGUGAAGUUCUGAAGGACCCCAGAGUCCAGUGCUGGAUCGAGAACUAUCGCAACCUGCUGGACGCGUGGCGCUUCUGGCACAAGCGGGCCGAAUUUGACAUCCAUCGAGGAAAAUUGGACCCCACCUCCAAACCUCUAGCCCAGGUGUUUGUCAGCUGCAACUUCUGCGGCAAGUCCAUCUCGUACAGCUGCGCCGCCAUGCCCCACCAGGGCCGCGGCUUCAGCCAGUACGGCGUGAGCGGCUCGCCCACCAAGUCCAAAGUGACCAGCUGCCCGGGGUGCCGCAAGCCGCUGCCACGCUGCGCCCUGUGCCUCAUGAACAUGGGCACGCCCGUGUCUAGCUGCGCCGGAACCGGGAAGUCCGACGACAAGGUCGACCUGACAAGGGACAACAAACUGGCUCAGUUCAACAACUGGUUCACCUGGUGUCACAACUGUCGACACGGCGGCCACGCUGGACACAUGCUCAGCUGGUUCAGGGACCACACAGAGUGCCCCGUGUCGGCGUGCACGUGUAAAUGCAUGCAGCUAGACACGACGGGCAAUUUGGAGCCCUCGGACAGCAGCUGAAAGACAAAAGCGGCCUGUCGGAGCCGCACGUCCUCCAACAAGAAGGGAAACUCAGUGAUUUAUUUCGCUGGGGUCGUCAACCUCUCAGGACAAUCAACAAGGAGGCUCUCUCUCUCGCAGUCUAACCUGAAUCUGAAGAACCUCAUAAAAAAAAUGUGAUUCUAGGUGCCAAACGUUUUUUUUUUUUUUAACUAAACAGUGGAAGCAAAUUUUGCCACAAGGCAGUUUUACCUCUCAGCAGUUGAAAGCCUUUGUGAAAUGAAAUGUGACCCCCCCCCCGACCCCAUUCUUCCAUUAAACAUCGUAAUUGAUCGCAAUAAGACUA